CCAGUUCUCACCACCGUUCUGCCGUUACCCCGGGAAGAAAAUCACUGAACAAAGAUACCGAAACGCUACGUUUCGCGUUUUCUCCCGUUUCCAUCUGUUGCUUCGCCUUCGUCUGUAAUUCUAUAUCCCCACACCCUCUCUCUCCAUCUCCACGCUGCGUGCGUCUCUAUCUCCCCUUCAAUCGGCUCGGCUACGCAGAGAGAAACCGGACGAACAAUUAUCGCGAGAGUAGGAACGCCGAGCUCGUUCCGGGAACCUGAACGGCUGCUCUCUUCUUUUCCGGCCUGAUUCGGACUUGACGAUUACGGAAACUCUAUUGGAAUGUCAUUUUUGCUGUCCUCGUUCUGCAACUCCGGCCACCUUGUGGAUCCCCAUUUUUCGCCGCGGAAUUAGAAGCAGUUGGCGGAGACACUUGGCGGUUGGCACUGUAAAACCCUAGCAGGUUUUGAUUUUCCGUUUCAGCUUUGGAACUCCCUUGAAGGGAGAGAGUAGCGAGGGAAUUGAAUUAGGGUUUGCUGUUAUUUCGGAGGAAUGCAUUUGGAUUAUUGCUCGGGCAUUGGAGACAAAGAGGAGGGCAUUCUGGUUUCUGGAAACCUACCGUCUCUGUGAUCGAUUGGUUUGCACAUGGCAGAAGGUUAGGAUUGCGAAAAAUGGCACUUCAGAAGUACAUUCCUUUGGGCAAUACACCACCUGCCAACAGUAUGAAGCCCUUGAGCUUUCCUGGCAAGGGUUAUGAGAAAGCUCAUCUGCCAGAUACUGUCACUCGAUGUACUUCAGAGCAAGAUGUUGAUAUUGACCUUAGGGAAGUUUAUUUUUUAAUCAUGCAUUUUCUCUCUACUGGUCCAUGCCAGAGAACUUAUGGCCAGCUAUGGAAUGAACUUCUAGAGAAUCAACUUUUACCCAGAAGGUACCAUGCUUGGUAUUCUAGGAGUGGAGUGCAUAGCAUGAAAGAAAAUGAUGAUGGUCUAUCGUUCCCUCUAAGUUAUGGUGAUUUGGCGGAGAGGUACAAGCACAUUGAGAAGGACCAUCUGGUGAACCUCUUGAAACAGCUUUUACUCAACACAGCAUCUCCUACACAAGGCUUGUUUGGCGAAAAUACUCUGAAUGCUUCUGCUGUUCCUACUCUUCUGGGAACUGGAUCCUUUUCGCUUAUGAGCCAUGAGAGAGAUAAGGGAUAUGCUCAAGCCAAGUGUCCUGGUCACAUGCGAUGGCCUCACAUGCUUGCUGAUCAGGUCCGUGGUCUAAGUUUGAGGGAAAUUGGAGGCGGCUUUACAAGACACCACCGUGCGCCUGCUAUUCGUGCUGCUAGUUAUGCUAUUGCAAAGCCAUCAACAAUGGUGCAGAAAAUGCAGAACAUUAAAAGGUUGCGGGGCCAUCGGAACGCAGUGUAUUGUGCAAUAUUUGAUCGAUUAGGAAGAUAUGUGAUUACUGGUUCAGAUGAUCGCCUUGUCAAAAUUUGGUCUAUGGAAACUGCAUUCUGUUUAGCCAGCUGUCGUGGACACGAAGGGGAUAUUACGGACUUGGCAGUCAGUUCCAACAAUGUGUUGGUGGCAUCUUCAUCUAAUGAUUUUGUAAUUCGCAUUUGGCGUCUACCAGAUGGAUUGCCAAUAUCAAUUUUGCGUGGCCAUACUGGAGCUGUUACUGCCAUUGCAUUUAGUCCUAGGCCUGGAUCUGUUUACCAGCUUCUAUCGUCUUCUGAUGACGGCACAUGUAGGAUAUGGGAUUCCAGGUCAUCCGUAAUCAGUCCACGAGUGUAUGCCCCGAGGCCAUCAGAUUCUGCUGCUGGUAAUGGCUCUGCAGGAAAGAACAAUGGUCCUUCAUCAAGCACUAAUCCACCAAUCCAUCAGAUCUUUUGCUGUUCAUUUAAUGCUAGUGGAACUGUAUUCGUCACUGGUAGCUCUGAUAAUUUUGCCAGGGUGUGGAAUGCUUGUAAACCCAACACGGACGAUUCGGACCAACCCAUUCAUGAGAUGGACGUAUUGGCUGGCCAUGAGAAUGAUGUUAAUUAUGUUCAAUUUAGUGGUUGUGCAGUGGCUUCUGGGUUUUCUCUAACUGACUGUUCAAAGGAAGAGAAGAUUGCUAAAUUUAGAAACUCAUGGUUUUCCCAAGACAACAUUGUGACCUGUUCUCGAGAUGGCAGUGCAAUAAUUUGGAUUCCAAGAUCUCGUAGAUAUCAUGGAAAAGCUGGCCGCUGGACACGAGCAUAUCACCUUAAAGUCCCUCCUCCCCCAAUGCCUCCUCAGCCAGCACGAGGAGGCCCACGACAGAGAAUGCUUCCAACACCACGUGGUGUUAACAUGAUUGUGUGGAGCCUUGAUAAUCGUUUUGUCCUCGCUGCUAUCAUGGAUUGCAGAAUAUGUGUGUGGAAUGCAUCUGAUGGUAGCUUGGUACAUUCAUUGACUGGUCACACUGAUUCUACAUAUGUGCUGGAUGUUCAUCCUUUCAACCUGCGCAUUGCGAUGAGUGCUGGCUAUGAUGGAAGGACUAUAGUUUGGGAUAUCUGGGAGGGCAAGCCAAUCCGAACAUAUGAAAUUUCACACUUCAAGUUAGUUGAUGGGAAGUUUUCUCCGGAUGGAACUUGCAUUAUACUUUCGGAUGAUGUUGGUCAAUUGUAUAUACUAAACACGGGUCAAGGCGAGUCCCAAAAGGAUUCCAAGUAUGACCAGUUCUUCCUUGGUGAUUAUCGGCCCCUGAUUCAAGAUACUUACGGAAAUGUGGUUGAUCAGGAAACUCAGUUGGUACCAUACAGGCGAAAUAUGCAGGAUCUUCUGUGCGACUCAGGCAUGAUCCCUUAUGAAGAACCGUACCAGAGCAUUUACCAAAAGAGGCGAUUAGGAGCUCUGGGCUUGGAGUGGAAACCAUCACUUGUGAAAUUUGCCAUUGGGCCAGACUUCAGUCUCGACCCAGAUUACCAUAUAUUACCCUUGGCUGACUUGGAUCUGCCCAUGGAGCCACUUCCUGAAUUUGUUGAUGUUAUCGAUUGGGAACCAGUACACCAAAUGCAGAGCGACGAUGCUGAUUCUGAGUACAAUGUCCCUGAUGAAUAUUCUUCUGGAGGCGAGCAGGGGAGUUUGAAUUCUUUCUCCUCUGGAGAUCCAGAAUGUAGUUCAGAUGACAGUAUGGAUGAGUGCAGAGAUGAUUUCCGUCAGUCCAAGAAGAAAAAACACCGGGCUGAAAUUGAGGUGACGACUUCUUCUGGAAGACGUAUCAAGAGGAGGAAUUUGGAUGCUUGUGAUGUAAAUACAUUGAGAAUCAGCAGUAGUAGUAGGAAACCACACAUUGUCCGCAAAACUAAGAAGAAAAAGUCCUCCAAAUCUAAUGCAUUGAUGAGACCUCAGAGAAAGCAAAGAGCUGCCGCUCAGCAGGCUCGUGACUUGUUAAUCAAGGUAACAGCUGAAGAUGCCGACGAAGAUGAAGAAUAUUUAUCUACUGGCGAUGCAUCGGAUGGUGAGUCAACUGAGCAUUCCGACAUGGAGAGUGAUGAAUCAGAAAUGUCAUUGAGGAGCGAUCGCAUGAGGUACUUAAAAGGGAAAGAUUUGGCUGUGUCUGAAGAUAGACCUCCUAAGGUUCACGAAUCUCAUCCAAAUAUUGCAAUCAGGAAGAAAUUGGUUCUUAAAUUUCCAGUCCGUGAUUCUAGUAAGAUUACGGUGAUGCCACAGAAUGGUGAUUAUGUCGGAUCAACAUCUUAUGCCCCAGAGAAAGCCAUGGAGGUCAACAACACUCGUGUAAGCUCUCUAGUUCCAGGGUACUCUUCUGAUGAAGAACAGACAAACUAUCAUGACUGUGCGCAGGCUGAAAAUCUUAAGAAUGGGGAUAUCAGGUGGGGAGGUGCCAAGGUUCGUUCGUCCAAGCGUCAAAGAUUGGGUGAAACCUCAUCAUUACCUCCACCUACCAAAUGCAUAUUGCGUCUACCCAAUAUCAAAGAAUGGGUACCUGAGCACUCCUGAGAACCAUGAAGAUAAGACUGAUGACUUGUCACCAGUGGGUGGUCAAAACAUUGAAUUUGAUUCAUCCGAUGUAUCAUAUAAUGGGCUCAACAAGGACCAGCCAAUCGUCGUCAUGAAUGGAAACAAUGAUGAAGUGCCAGGUGUUGCUCACUUCGAAAAUGAUAAUCUGCUGGAACUCAAAGAGAGCAGUCUGCCUGCCCCAACAAGGUUACGAAUAAAGUUGAAACCUUUGACGAUGGCGUCACCUGGAAGGCCUGUGGAGAUAAAGCAGGACCCAGACCUGGUAGAAGCCAAUGGUAGAACGAGUUCAGAAUAUUAUGACGGUGUUGCAGUCCAGGGGUCAGGUGAUCAUGCUGACGAGAAUUCUGCACCAACACUGGAUGAUUCAUCAGCAGGUGCUGAUUCACGCCCUAAAAGGAUGUAUACUGCCGUUUAUAGAAGAUCAAAGUCAGUUAGGAAUAGAGCUAACUCGGAAUGUGACAGUGGCAUGAAAGAGAGUACAUCAAACCCCAGUGAUGAUGUCAGCGGUAGUAGAACGGAUAUGCUUACCAACGGAGUCCGUAGGACACGAUCCAUGGGAGUAAAAAUUGCGAAAGAAGACCCCAAGAUUUUGCAGAGUGAUGAGCAUGAGUUGGAGAAUGCAUAUAGAGAUUCCUCCAAUGAUCCUAUUGACAGGCGGCAAAUGGCAUCUCAAGAAUGGGGUUCUAGCGCCAGGUCAACCGUCAGAGUUAGAUCUGCUAGGAAUAGGAGAACCAAUUACAGUUUUCAUGAGACAGUUCAGCAAUCAGCUGAGCCAGUAUCUUGGUUAGUGCUGCCAAAGCACGAGGAAGGAUCUCGCUAUAUCCCUCAACUAGGUGAUGAAAUAGCAUAUUUGAGACAGGGCCAUCAGGAGUACAUGGAAGGUGCUCGCACAAAAGAAGUUGGGCCAUGGAAGAAUGUGAAAGGGGGAUUUAUUAAGGCAGUUGAGUUUUGCAGAGUUGAAAGCCUAGAUUACGCCACGCUACCUGGUUCUGGGGAUAGUUGCUGUAAACUGAUGCUUAGAUUUGUAGAUCCAACAUCUGAUGUCUAUAACAAAACAUUCAGAUUGACUCUCCCUGAACUUACAGCCUUCCCUGAUUUCCUUGUCGAAAGAAGUAGAUAUGAGGCUUCUUUGCAGAGGAAUUGGACGAAAAGAGAUAGGUGUAAGGUAUGGUGGAAUGACAAUGAAGUACAAGGCCAAUGGUGGGAUGGCCGGAUCCUUGGUGUACAGCCGAAAUCAUCUGAAUUUCCCGACAGCCCAUGGGAGAGAUAUACCAUAAAGUACAAGGACGACCCUCAUGGGAACCAUCUCCACAGUCCCUGGGAGCUUUCAGAAAGUAAAGGAGAUGAUAUUCAAUGGGAGCAGCCCCAUAUUGAUGAUGAGACGACAGUUGGCCUGCUGUCUGCCUUGGAAGAAUUGGAGCGACCAGGGAAUAAAGCAAAGGAUCAAUACGGUGUUCGAAAGUUAAGUGAGAUAGCGCAGAAAUCCAACUUCAUAAACAGGUUUCCAGUUCCCAUUUCUCUCGAUUUAAUCAAGGCAAGGUUGGAAAACAACUAUUACCGAAGUUUGGAGGCAUUUCAGCAUGACAUUGAAGUCAUGUUAUCAAAUGCCAAAUUAUACAUUGGAAAGAAUCCAGAGUACUCCAAAAAAAUGAAUCGUCUUUCAGACCGGCUAAGGAAGGCAUUAGGGUAGAUACAGGAGAGUAGAACCGGCGCUAGGUGCUUCCUUUCUUUCACUUCUGUAGAUAAUUUUUUUUUUUUUUUUUUGUUUCUAAUUAUAAUUUAUGAUUUGUUUUACUGGGGCUCUUUGAUUCAGUUUUGGGAUUAGUUAUUGUGCUCCUUUAGCUCUUGAGGAAUUCGGAGGUAGAUGCCUUAGGUUGAUGGAAGCCAGGUGACUUUGUAUUAGGUGGAAAGUUCUUCGAUGGAAGAUCAUAAAAAGCGCAAGAUUUGAGCCGGGAACUGCUCUCUUGCCAUCAGAUGCACCACACCACAGGUAAGUACAGGUGCUAACAGAUUCAUUUAUUUGCUGAUUUCAACACUUCACAAGAUGCCAACUAACUACUUGUUGCGGAAGUUGCAAGUUGAAAAGGAAACAAUGGCCAUAUAUAAGAACUCGGACUCGGUGUCACUCAUGUGCCCAGAUUUCGUGAAAGGCAAAUGUCGGUCUUACUUUGACGCCUAAUAGGCAAUUCUCAAAUGGGUGUAUUUAAUGGUCCCGUUGUAUUCUAAGCCAGGUUAUUAUUGUUGCUCGAUGUGCAAUAUUAUGCUUUAUUUAAGCCUGCUCAAAUCAUCAAAAGGCGUUUGUCCUUUUGAAGGUACUUGUUCAUGUGCUCUGUAA